AUGGCAAGUAAUGGUAGUAACUCUCCUAUAAAUAAUGAAAAUAGUAUGAUAUUAUCAAUUCGAUUGAUUCGUUCGUUUGAACAUCGAAAUAUUCGUCAUAUAAUUUUACAUUCUAUCGAUUCAUCUGGACAAAUGACUGGCAACGAAGUUAAAAAACGUAUUCUAACAAUGUUACCCAAUGAAAAGUUGCCACCACCAUUUAAAACAUUUGCAUUCGAUACACUGAAGAUUGAACAUUAUCCACACCAAGCUAAAGUAUGA